AUGUCUAUUCGCCGCGAAAUCGAUCAAGAUGGAGAUCUCAUUCUCGUCCUCAGCCGGCUGGGCCUAGAUGAUGCCGAUGUUGCCGAAGAUGGUGAAGACGGUGUAGAUGCCGACGCGAAGCUACUAGAAUACGAGCAACUGCAAAACAAAGAAGUCAGGGUAUCUUCGAAGGUCCUGAUGCUGAACUCUCCAGUCUUCAAAGCCAUGUUGGGCGGAAAAUUCAAAGAAGGCACAGAACUUGCCAAGAACACCGGACUUUCACUUCCGUACAGCCUUGAUCUCCCAGAUGACGAUGCUGGGGCCAUGUUUAUAUUGAGCCAAAUUCUUCACAACGCCUUCGUUGCCGAGAGACCAAAACCGAUUGGCCUUGCGAGGCUAGCUUUCGUCAGCGACAAGUAUGAAUGCACCAGCGCCCUAAAGUACUGCGGGAUGGUUUGGAUUCGGGAUUGGCUGCAAGAUUUUGACGAGAUUGUGCCGCCAAUGAGCGACUUUUGUCACCUCUUGGUCUUUUCAUAUGUGAUAGAUCUCCCUCUCGAGUUUUCCGAAAUAUCGUGGAGAAUAUUCCUCUAUCACCAAGGACCCUUUUUGCGGACCUCGGAACAAGUCAGGGUAUUAGCAGAUCAUCCUCUGUUAAGACAUGACAUCAUUGGAUGUUUGGAACUGAAACGACAUGAAUGCUGCAACGCAUUUUACAAGGGCCUCGUCAGCCCAAUGACUUGGACCUGGGACAUUUCCCAAAAUCCAUGCGUGAGAUCUGCCAAAGCACUAGGAGCAUAUAUUGAGACUCUCAGAAAGUCCAACAUACUGCCAAAAGACAUCGAUUUCGCGACUCACAAAUUCUGUUACCUGCUUGACAUGGCAGUUGAUCUACCCAAGAUCACCAUGAUGGAUUUCCCUUGCAUUAGGGAGGUUGGAGUCUGUGGGUGUCGUUCAAACAAGUACGGCAAUCGCAACUUGUCUUAUGAAGUCGAGAAGGAGGCAAGGAAGGUCAUUCAGCAAAGACGGGCAUUCAACUGCCUAGACUGUCUGAAAAGCGAGGGUGCAAUUGGAAACCAGGAGCCAUGCCGCAUUCCUCAUUCGUCAACAUAG